AUGGCUCUAAUGACUGCUAUCGGUAUGGGUUCUUUGUACGUUGCAAAGGGUCAAAUGGAUGAAAGAAAGGCGGGACAUGCCAAGGGUUCUGCCAAAUCUUGGGAAGAAAUCGCCGAAGAGCAUGGAAUCGAAACGAAGAAGUCCGGUUCUGCCGUUGAAACUAAAUGA